GUCUCAGGUGAGGUAGACAGAGCAGUGCCUGGGAUUCUCUGCUGCUGGAAGCCCCUUUUUUCGUCUCUUAUAGGACUUGAGAAUUUUCUGGUUAACCUGUCGGUCCUGGGACAUCAUGGCGUUUUUGAGCUGGGUUGUCCUGCUGUUGAGUAUACUUCAGACGUCAGCCCAGGACCCAGAUUAUGACCAUCUAAUAAUUCGUUCUGGUGAUCAAUACUCCUGCCCAGUGGGGGUUUACUUUGCGCUGGACACCUCUGAGAGCGUGGCGCUGCGAGAUUACCCAUGGGGUAGCCUGGUGGAGGAACUGAAGAUCUUCCUUACAGUGUUUUCGCGCCGUCUGGAGGCCUCAGCGAUGAAAUCUCAGGGGAUUCAGUGGACAUAUGGAGGCCUUCAUUUCUCCGACCACGUGGAGGUCUUUAGCCCGGUGACUUCAGACGUCGCUCAAUUCUUACGCGAAGUCGCCAAGGUGCGCUACAUAGGCCGCGGCACCUUCAUCGACUGCGCCCUGAGGAACGUGACGGACCAGGUGCGGAGGUCAGCAGGUGGGAGGCCGCGUGUCCAGUACGCUGUGAUGUUGACGGACGGCCACAGCACAGGCGCGCCCUGUGGAGGGAUCCAGCAAGCCGCUGAGGCUGCCAGAGCCGCAGGCAUCAAGGUGUUCGUGGUGGCAACCGACGAGGAGACCUCCGAGGGCGAUCUCAAGCAGAUCGCCAGUUUACCUGUGGAACUGUACCGGAAGGAUUACCUGGCCUUCCCUGAUGCUAGACGACAGGCUGCCGUGAACAGGAUCGUGGACAUUAUAGUGAAAGAUGUUGACUUCAAGUGCCAAGAACCAAUGUGCAAAGAAACUGUGGGGAUAAUGGGACGACAAGGAUUUAGUGGAAUUAAAGGUGCAAAGGGAAGCACUGGUGACAUCGGUGACGCCGGAGCCCCAGGGCCAUCGGGUGAUCCUGGUAUUGAAGGUCCCAUUGGUUUGCACGGUCCAAAGGGUUUUCACGGAUUCAAAGGGGAGAAGGGUGAUGUUGGAGCACUUGGUCCUAAGGGACGAUCAGGAGGUCCAGGCUAUAAUGGCAUUGAUGGAGAGAAGGGAAAACGUGGAACCAUAGGGACUCCUGGUUGUAAGGGUGACCCUGGUAUGCCGGGUGACAAUGGUCCCGCUGGCGAUUUUGGGACUAAAGGAGCUUCUGGAGAUCCAGGAGAAAAGGGUGUUCCUGGGAUGAGUGGCAGACCUGGUCCUCAAGGCACUCGGGGGAACGUUGGGGAGAAGGGUGUUGUUGGGUAUGUCGGCAACCCUGGCUUUCCAGGACAAAAGGGAGCUAAGGGUCCAUCUGGGACAACAGGACAGGCUGGUGACUCUGGCCCUAGAGGAGAUGCUGGGAAAGCAGGCCCACGUGGCAAAGCAGGGUCAUUGGGAGACAAGGGUGAAGACGGCCCUGAGGGUGAAAGAGGUGCCAGUGGAGAGAGAGGCCAGCCAGGGGUCGCUGGAUCACCUGGUUUUCCAGGAAUCAGGGGCGAAACAGGUAGGGAGGGAGGAAGAGCCGGUCCACAGGGUCCCCCAGGGGAGGCAGGGGACUCUGGCAUACGAGGAGACAAUGGAGAGCCUGGUCCUACGGGAGACCGCGGGAAGGAUGGGCACAAAUUCCCAGGCCCUAGAGGCAUACAGGGAGACCGAGGAGAACCUGGUUUGCAAGGACUUCAGGGCCAAAGAGGAUUCCCUGGAGAGAAAGGAACACAGGGACCAAAGGGAUUCAUUGGUACACCAGGGGAACCAGGCCCUGAGGGUGUACCUGGAGACAGAGGAGCAAGGGGACCGUCUGGGCCCCAUGGUUCACCUGGUGCAAGAGGUCUUCCUGGCAUGUCUGAAUGUGACAUCAUGAGUGUUGUGAGAGAGACAUGUGGUUGCUGUGACUGUGAGAAGAUGUGCCCUCCCCUGGACUUGGUGUUUGUGAUUGACAGCUCAGAAAGCAUUGGGAAAACCAACUUCAGUCUCGCCAAAAACUUUGUUAUCAGUGUUGCAAACAGACUAGGAAAGAUGGCCAAGAACAUCACUGAUCUCUCAGGCUCACGUCUGGGAGUGGUGCAGUACAGCCACCAGGGGGAGGUGCAGGCGAUCCGCAUGGACGACCGUGGGAUCACCUCCGUGUCCUCCUUCAAGGCCAAGGUCAAGGCCAUGGAGUGGAUUGCUGGAGGCACCUGGACCCCUUCGGCCCUCAAGUACACCCACGAGAACCUGAUUGUGCCUGGGAGAAGAAAGGGCACGAAAGUGGUUGCCAUCGUCAUCACUGACGGCCGCUAUGACCCCAAAGACCUGGACAAAUUGGAGGGUCUGUGCAGCGGCGUGGAGGUGUACGCCAUCGCCAUCGGGGACAUGUUCGACACGGGCGCCGAGAGGCAGGCACUGGAGCGAAUCGCCUGCAACAUAAAAGACAGGGUGAAGACCCUGAGCGUGUAUGCUGAACUCACCGCCGAGGAGUUCCUGGAGGAGAUUGAGCGGAUCCUCUGCCCAGACCCCGAAAACAUCUGCCCAGACCUGAACUGUGCCUCAGAUUUGAGUGUGGCUCCUCUAACUCAGCGGCCGGUCGACCUGCUGUUCUUCGUGGACGGCUCUGAGAGGAUGGGCCCUCAGAACUUCGUCCGUGUGAUGCAUUUCAUCGAGCAACUCUCACACGAGAUCCCCCUCUCGACCAGGGAAGGCGACUAUAAAGGGGCGCGUUUUGCCGUGAUGCAGUUUGGCGGGGAGCAGGAUCCAGACCUGCUCCUGGAUUUCACAGCCAAGCGCAGGUCCUUCAUUAACCUCGCGUCCCGGGCUGUGUACCGCGAGUCUUCCUCCACUCUAGGCGGCGCUAUCCUCUUUGCGGCCAACAAUCUUGUGAAUGCUGGUGGCCGGUAUCGAGGGGUCCGUCCGGACGCAGAGUUGGCCUUCGUCUUCAUCACAGAUGGGGUCACUAGUGACAAAAGCUUUACCGAAGGUUUGGCAGCCAUGCGCAAGACGAAUGCUGUGAGUAUGGCAAUAGCAGCGGGGUCAGACAUAGACCAUGACCGGCUGUUGCAGCUGGUCUUCAGAGACAAAUCGUUGAUAUUGAACUUGAAGAGCUACAAGGACCUCUCCCACCCAAGGAUCAUCAAGCAUAUUGCUCACUGUUUGGGAUAACAUUGUAAGUCAGUAUUGAAAUGUUUGGAGCUUGCAUCAAGGUGCUUUAUUAUGUUUAAUCUCACGAUGCCAUGUGGAAUUAUGUGAAUGUUUUAAACAUGUGUGCCACUGUUAUGUGUCUAUCUAAUGACUCAAAUGUAGUGAUUAGUCA